AUGAAGCCGCUGGAGAAAUUUCUGAAGAAGCAAACGUCGCAGCUGGCGGGGCGAACGGUGGCAGGAGGUCCAGGCGGGGGUCCGGGGAGCUGCUGCGGGCCCGGAGGGGGUGGGGGACCUGGUGGGGGCGGCGGUCCAGCCGGGGGACCGCGGCCACUGCAGCGUCGUCAGAGCGUGUCUCGCCUGCUGCUCCCAGCUUUCCUUCGCGAACCCCUCGCUGAGCCAGGGCUGGAGCCACCCACCGAGGAGGAAGGUGGAGAGCCGAUGGGGGUCACUGAGGAGCCCGGCAGCGGGGGACCCUGUUGGCUGCAGUUAGAGGAGGUGCCAGGGCCCGGGCCGCUCGGCAGCGGGGGGCCCCUGCGCUCCCCUUCUUCGCACUCCUCGGAUGAGCUGUCCCCGGGCGAGCCCCUGACUUCCCCACCCUGGGCCCCCCUGGGCGCCCCCGAGCGGCCAGAGCAUCUUCUGAACCGGGUUCUGCAGCGGCUGGCCGGGGGGGCCACCAGGGACAGCGCCGCCUCAGAUAUCCUGCUGGACGACAUUGUCCUCACCCAUUCUCUCUUCCUCCCCACGGAGAAAUUCCUGCAGGAGCUACAUCAGGUCAGCUUUGUUUGGGCAGGAGGCAAGGAGGGCCCCGAGGGGCUGGGCCAGAAGCAGGCCUGUCUAGCCAUGCUCCUUCAUUUCUUGGACACCUACCAGGGGCUGCUGCAGGAAGAAGAGGGGGCCGGCCGCAUCAUCAAGGAUCUGUACCUGCUGAUUAUGAAGGAUGAGUCCCUUUACCAGGACCUGCGAGAGGACACACUGAGGCUGCACCAGCUUGUGGAAACAGUGGAGCUGAAGAUCCCAGAGGAGAGCCAGCCACCCAACAAGCAGGUGAAGCCCCUCUUCCGCCACUUCCGUCGGAUCGACUCCUGUCUGCAGACCCGAGUAGCCUUCCGGGGCUCCGAUGAGAUCUUCUGCCGGGUCUACAUGCCUGACCACUCUUACGUGACCAUACGCAGCCGCCUCUCAGCGUCUGUGCAGGACAUUCUGGGCUCUGUGACGGAGAAACUGCAGUAUUCUGAGGAGCCUGCGGGGCGAGAGGACUCCCUCAUCCUGGUAGCUGUGGCCUCUUCAGGAGAGAAGGUCCUUCUCCAGCCAACAGAAGACUGUGUCUUCACUACCCUGGGCAUCAAUAGCCACCUGUUUGCCUGCACCCGGGACAGCUUUGAGGCUCUGGUGCCCCUCCCCGAGGAAAUCCAGGUCUCCCCGGGAGACACCGAGAUCCACCGCGUGGAGCCUGAGGACGUGGCCAACCACCUCACCGCUUUCCACUGGGAGCUAUUCCGAUGUGUGCACGAGCUGGAGUUCGUGGACUAUGUGUUCCAUGGGGAGCGUGGCCGUCGGGAGACAGCCAACCUGGAGCUGCUCCUGCAGCGCUGCAGCGAGGUCACCCACUGGGUGGCCACCGAGGUGCUGCUCUGCGAGGCUGCGGGCAAGCGCGUGCAGCUGCUCAAGAAGUUCAUCAAGAUCGCCGCCAUCUGCAAGCAAAACCAGGACCUGCUGACCUUCUACGCUGUGGUCAUGGGGCUGGACAACGCUGCGGUCGGCCGCCUGCGGCUCACCUGGGAGAAGCUGCCAGGGAAAUUCAAGAACUUGUUCCGCAAAUUUGAGAACUUGACAGACCCCUGCAGGAACCACAAAAGCUACCGAGAAGUGAUCUCCAAGAUGAAACCUCCUGUGAUUCCUUUUGUGCCUCUGAUCCUCAAAGACCUGACUUUCCUGCACGAGGGGAGUAAGACCCUUGUGGAUGGUUUGGUGAAUAUUGAGAAACUGCAUUCUGUGGCUGAAAAAGUGCGGACAGUCCGAAAAUACCGGAGCCGGCCCCUUUGCCUGGACAUGGAGGCGUCCCCCCAUGACCUGCAGACCAAGGCCUACGUGCGCCAGUUCCAGGUCAUCGACAACCAGAACCUCCUCUUCGAGCUUUCCUACAAGCUGGAGGCGAAUAGUCAGUGAAGACAGAGGCUUCUGUCGCCCCCACCGGGGUCCUCGGGCACCUGACACUCAAGCACUUUGCACGAUGUCCCAACCCACCUCCAGAAUCUUUCCUCUGGAGCAACUUUCCAUCCCUCGGGACAGAGCCGGAAGGACCGACCCUCGGACUCACAGGCCUGUCCAUCCUGCUGAAGUCCUCUCCCCACCCCCCCCAACCCCCGUCCUUUAAACCAAAACCACACUCUGCUGGUUCCUGCCCCUGCAGGGAAAGGGGGCAGGGAGCUCCUUCCUCUGUCGCCUCCCAUUGAGGUCUGCUCCCGAUAUAGAAUUUCCAACCUCCUCUUCCCAAGCAGGAAGGAAAGCUGCCCACCCUUCCGUCUAGUUUGCAGAACUGAAUAGGAGGAGAGACUGGCAACCUUCCUCUCCACCACCUGUCCCAUUUCAUUUCCCCCAGGCCAGGGCUGGGACCCCUGGAUGUUAACCCCCCCAACCCCUGGAUACUAUAUUGCCCGUGUGUGUGUGUGUGUGUGUGUGUGUGUGCGUGUGCCCACCCCUUAAGCAGCUGGAGAGAAUCUGGUAAUUGAGGGAAAGUGUUGUGUGUGCCAGGGUUGGGGGAGGUCUUUAUGUUGGUGCUACCCUUGUCUACUCUGCCCCUGGGUCGAUGCAGUGUGGGUACUUUCCCUGCCCCCACCACUCCCUGCUCAGUUACGCCUGCUGCCCUGCAUCCUGGGCUUGUGGACAAAGCUGCUGUUGAGGACAGGGAGCAGCAGCAGGUGGGAGGGGUUACCCAUCACCCCUUGCAAGUCCCCAGUCAGGCCUCCAGAAGAAGGUCCCUGGGUGGGCUUCAGUGAGAGGGUAAAAGAUGCUCAGGGAAACACAGGCCCAAGCUGCCUACAGGACCCUCCCUCUGUGUUACAGUGGGUGCAGCAUGGUGGUGUCAGGAGUUAGGGGUACCUGCUCCCCACACUCCUGCUUCUAGGGUGUCUCAUGGCUAAGAAGGGAGUGGUCAUUCCCCUUCUGGCUCUGUCUGAUGCUAAGAUCAUUAUCUGUCCUUUUUCCUGUCUUGACGCCCCCCUUGGUCCUCCCCUUCAGAGCUGGGGUGGGGUAGAUCCCUGUACUUGGGGGCGGGCAGACCCCCAACAUAGUGGGAGGGAACGGCGGAGACUGUGACGGCAGACUGGACUUUCGUGAUGCCUGUAUUACCUCUCUGUCCCCCCUUCCUCUCCCACCAUGGGCCUGCAGGGCUGAGGGGUGCAGGGGCUCCUGGCAGCUACUGGGUGAGGCUUCCCGGCACAUCCUCACCCUCCUUUCUGGCACCACCUCUUUCCCUUCCGAAGAGGCAGCAGCAGCAACAGCAGCAGCAGCAGCAGAGGCAAAACAGCUGCUGUUCCUGCUCUGAGGGUGUAUAUAUUUUUUACCAAAAGCUCUGGAAUUGUAAUUUAUUUUUUAAAACUCAAAGAGGGAAAGAGCCUUGUAUCAUAUGUAAACAGUGUAUCAUAGGUUCUGUUGUACAGUCCCUUUUCUACGGUGGCCUGUCGUGUCCCUGCUGCACAAAAUGUCUAUGGACUCCCCACCCCAACCCCCACGGACGCAGUCACUGUGUCCCACCCUCUGCAUCCUUUACAGACGUGACCAAGACCCUCCUCUUGCUCCCGGCCUCCUCCCUGCAACUGCUGAUGUGCCCUCUCCCUGCAGCCGCCCCUCCUCCAGACCCCUCUCAGCCGCCUUUCCACUCCGGCUGCCACAGCCCUCCUCCCACGCUGGGCCCCGCUGGGCCGGUCUCCCCUAAACCUCGAUACCUGCCCUGCUGCUUCCCUGGGGCCUCCGGACCCCUCCCGUGGCCACAGCUUUAACAGAGUGAACCAUGUGUACUGUACGGGCUCAGUUGGCUCUGCAGACACUGCGGGGUGGAAAAAAAGCCAAUAA